AUGGAUUCCAUAACCGUUGCCGAGAAGUUCGGGGUUGCUCCUAUCUCCAUGAUCAUCGGUAUGAUGGUUGAUCUCAAGGAAUCCAGAGAAUCUUCGCCGAGCAACCGACUAGCUAAUGUGGUAAGGCGUAUCUGCCAUGUGUCGUCUUUGGGUCUAAGUAAGAUGACGUCAAGCGGGUGGCUCCUUGAAGGAAAUCAUAUUGUGUUUGCAGAAUCAUUUGAAGAUAAUGAGGAAACUUUCGUUAAUAAUGAGGAAAUUACCAAAGAUAACGAGUGUCCUACUUUAGAAGAAGAGAGUGAUCUUGUCCCCAAGGUUGGAAUGAAAUUCAAUGAGGAGAAAGAUAUUUUUGAAUUUUACAAAAGAUAUGCUUACCAUGUGUGUUUUCUCGUUAAAAGAAGGAGUUCGAGGAAGGGUGAGGACGGUGUUCUAAGGUUAUAUCGAUGCAACAGACAAUUAAGUGAACAUGUGAAGCGACAGCUUGAAGUUAAUGAUAUAGCUAGAAUUCCAUUACAUAAAAGUUAUAACUCAGCUGUUGUUGAAGCUGGUGGAUAUGAGAACCUGACGUUUGUGGAAAAGGAUUGUAGAAAUUACAUUGAUCAGGUGAGGAGGUUAAGACUUGGGGAAGGAGACGUUGCUGCUAUUCAAGCUUAUUUUUCAAAGAUGCAAGCCUUUUGUCCUGGUUUUUACUUUAGUGUAGAUUUGGAUGAAGAUGGCAGAUUGAAGAACGUCUUUUGGGCCGAUAAUAGGUGUAGACAAUCAUUUAAGGAAUUCGGCGAUGUUGUCACAUUUGACACCACAUACUUGACCAAUAGGUACGACAUGCUGUUUGCUCCAUGGACAUGGCUGGAGUGUAUGGAGGAUCAAGCGCCUGCAGGAAUAAUCACUGAUCAAGAUAGGGCCAUGCAAAAUGCUAUUGAGAUAGUCUUCCCUAACAUAAAGCAUAGAUGGUGUCUGUGGCAUAUAUUAAAGAAGUUACCCGAAAAAUUUGGUAACCAUAGCUGUAAGGCAUAUAUUCUUUCAGGCGUACAUGAGGUGGUGUAUGAAUCACAGAGUCCUGAAGAAUUUGAGGAGGCCUGGAAUUUAAUGAUUGAGAAAUAUGCACUACAUGACAAUGAUUGGUUGUCUGGACUUUACAAAGAAAGAGGUCGAUAG